GUUUGCCUUCACCCAGCACCCCUCCCCCCAACUCUCCCCACCACAACACACCCCAUGCCAGCCUGGUGACUCUGGAAGGUGGUUUCAUCAUUUGGCUUGCGGCUGGGUCCCACUGAAGUCUUGGCACUCAGUGGGAUGGGAAUUGAAUAAAGGCUUAAGAUUGCUGAGCGGGAGGCCUCUCUCUUGAAAUCUACAGACUGACAUGUUUACUAACGGGGCUGCAGCCCUGCACCCACCUUGGCCUUGGGCCACCAGACUCUAGAGCUUUUGUAACCUCUCCAUGUCAGGAACUCAAAUUAGACCUGGGGUUGCAGGCUGUACCCUCAGCUGGCCUUUGGGAAAAGGUUUUGUGCAAGGCAUUUCCCAAGUGCUGACAGGAUUGUGUCACAGACACAAAGCAAACUUUUGUUGGGCUCCAGGUGACCACCCACAGGUUAUUAUAAAGGUGACUGCACCCUCUGGCCACCAGCACUGCCUGGCUCCACAUGCCCCCUGGUCUCAACAUGGCACUGCCCUGGGUUCUUAUAGUCCUGAGCCUCCUACCUCUGCUAGAAGCCCAGAUCCCAGUGUGUGCCAACCUAAGACCGGUGCCCAUCACCAACGCUACCCUAGACCGGAUCUCCGGCAAGUGGUUUUAUAUCGCAUCGGCUUUUAAAAACGAGGAGUUCAAGAAGAUGGCUCAGGAUAUUCAAGCAACUUUCUUUUACUUCACCCCCAACAAGACAGAGGACACGAUCUUUCUCAGACAGUACCAGACCAACCGGAACGAGUGCAUCUAUAACUCUAGCUACCUGAAUGUCCAGCGGGAGAAUGGGACCAUCUCCAAAUUUGUGGCAGGACAAGAAUAUGUCGCUUACCUGCUGAUCCUCAGGGACACUAGGACCUUCAUGCUCGCUUUUGACGUGGACGAUGAGAAGAAGUCGGGACUGUCUGUCUAUGCUGACAAGCCAGAGACGACCAAGGAGCAACUAGGAGAGUUCUACGAAGCUCUCGACUGCUUGCACAUUCCCAGGUCAGAAGUCCUGUACACCGAUUCAACGAAGGAUUUGUGUGAGCCGCUGGAGAAGCAGCAUGAGAAGGAGAGGAAACAGGAGGAGAAGGAGUCCUAGCAGGACACAGUCUUGGAUCAGGACAGAGACUUGGGGGCCAUCCUCCCCCUCCAACCCAGCACGUGUACCUCAGUUCUUUCCCUCACUUGCAUCAAUAAAGCUUCUGUGUUUGGAACA